AUGCCAAUUCCAUCCAUUGUAUCUUCAUCUUCUUCAAACGCUACUCCACUUCCUGUGGUUACUAUAACAAAUCCAUCGCUCGAUGAGAUUGUCCUUCAAGAGGACUCAAAAUGCAAACAGCAGCCCACGAUCAAAUCCGAAGCUAGUACAGUCAGUAGCAAUUCUAUGGAAACUGAGGUCAGUUACAAUACAAAACAGCAUGUCAAGUCAUGCCACAAGAUAAACAAAGCGGUGGUGUUGCUUCAUGCGAGACGUGAGGAGGACGACAAGGUUGCAAACAUCAACGAAGAUAGACUUCGCCCCGUGUGCGUUGGUGGUUUGUAUGCUGGGUCAGUUUUCCGUGGCACACAAAAGUGUGGUACAGCUAGUUAUGAAGUGAAUGUAGAGCUGCUGCAUGUAGACAUGAAAGAGAGCAAUCUGUGUGGCUACUUGAAGAUUAAAGGUUUGACUAGUGAGUUCCCGGAGCUUACGACAUUUUUCCAAGCUGAGAUCAUUGGCCCCAAAUACUCUUUUCACACUCGCAAGUGGCAGGCAGAUCAACAAAGCGAUCUCUUGCAUUGGAAAAAAUUUCCAUCUUUCAAGCCUUAUGUAGACACAUUCAACCGUGAUGGUUUCAACUAUGAUUACAAGGCAAAUGACGACUUUAUUUACAUGCGAUGGAAGGAGACCUUUUUGGUGCCUAAUCACCAUGUGAGCGCUAUUGAUGGUGCUAGUUUCGCUGGCUUCUAUUACAUCUGCUAUCAACGCUCAACUAACAGCAUCAGAGGCUUUUACUUUUUCCGUCAUCACAAGGAUUGGUUUCAGGAACUUAACUUGGAUCAUACUCCUGCAAAUGCUUUUGGAUCAUUCGAGUUUCGUUGA